GUCUCUGCAGCGGCGUCGUCCUUCAGAACGGACUCCUGUCAGACCAGGACUCCCCUCAGGACGGCAUGGACGGAGUGGACCUUGUGAACGGCGUGGGCGAGCGGAGCUCCAAGGAGCCGAGUCCCGGAGCGUCCCCGUCCUCCGGCAGGAAGACGAAGACGAGCCAGUCGUCCACGCUGCCGUCCAGGAACCAGGACAGCUCGCCGUCCCAGCUGGAGGGACACCUGCACCGCAAGCACGAGUGGGAGGGACACAACAAGAAGGCGUCCAACAGGUCGUGGCACCACGUGUACUGCGUCAUCACCAACCAGGAAGUGGCCUUCUAUAAAGACGGCAAGGCGGCGGCGGCCGGCGUCCCGUACCACGGCGAGCUGCCCGUCGGCCUGAAGGACGCCACGUGUGACGUGGCCUCGGAGUACAAGAAGAAGAAGCACGUCUUCAAGCUCCGGUAACACACUG